GGGGCGGGGAAUGAGGGCGCGGAAGUCCCCGCCCCUGGGCUGCUAGGGCGGCGGCGACCGCGGCGGCCCGCAAGGAUUUGAAACCGUUUUUUCUGUGGCGGAGGUGGCGGCGGCGGCGCGGCCGACCGGAAAGCUUGCAUACUGAAUUAUGGAAAUUGGAAGUGAAGAAGAAAAAUGGGAGAAGCUGGAUGCAGAAUUUGAUCACUUUGUGGUAGAUAUGAAGCCCUUUGUUCUAAAAUUACCCCAUAGGUCAGAACGGCAGAGGUGUGCACUCUGGAUCAAAAAACUGUGUGAGCCUUCAGGAACAGGUGCAGGAAUAAUGGGCAGGAAGAAUCGGAACCUGUAUGCCAAACUGCUACUGCACAUGCUGAAGCGAGGAGUGCUCGAAGGCCCCUUUACACACCGACCUGAACCAGGGACACUGAAAACCUUACCUUCGUACAUGUCCAUCUAUUUUGAUGAACCAAAUUCAGCACGAGCAAAAGGUUCAAGCCCGGAAGGAUUACCAGACUGGGUAAUGGGUGAGCUGGGGACCAGUGAACACAAAUUAAAUGAAUCAUGGAAGCUUUCUUCUGGAGAAGAUUACUCUUUGGGGCAGUCACCAACUGAUGUACACAGUAGGGAACCAUACACUGCGAAGCUCCAAAUGCGAUCCCAUUCUAUGAGUCCAACCUCCAGAGAAGAUGGACAAAAUAUUACCCCAAAGAGUUGUGAAGCUCAUUCCAAAAAAUCUGCUGUGUCUCUGGAUGACAGCGACAUCGAAGCUCGCCUUAAUAGUUGGAAUCUUGGGAUAGAAAAUCCUCGAUACCUGAGACAGAAGCCAAUCCCAGUUUCUCUGAUGACUCCCAAAUUCAGUCUGAGAAAAUCCAGCAGUUUCCAUGAUGAUCAUCUCUUCUCUCGAAUGCAUGAGAAGGAGUUGGACAUAAAAACAAAAAUGCUGGAAGCUAAAUGUCAUGAGGAGAAGCUUAAACUGCAGCAGAAACAUGAUGCCGACGUUCAGAAGAUUUUAGAAAGAAAGAAUAAUGAAAUAGAAGAAUUGAAAACUUUAUAUAAAAAGAAACAAAAUGAAAUGGAGGAGACUAUUCGAAAACUUGAAAAAAAAGUUCAGACCCUUAUACGUGACUGUCAAGUUAUCAGAGAGACCAAAGAAAACCAGAUUACAGAGCUAAAAAAGAUAUGUGAACAGAGUACAGAAUCUCUGAAUAAUGACUGGGAAAAAAAGCUCCACAAUGCCGUCGCAGAAAUGGAGAAGGAAAAGUUUGAUCUUCAAAAGCGGCACACAGAAAAUAUUCAAGAAUUGCUCGAGGACACAAACGUGCGUCUGAAUAAGAUGGAGGGGGAAUACCUGGCGCAGACGCAGUCCACAAACCAGGUGGUCAAGGAACUGGAGUCCCGUGUCCAGCAGCUGACUGGAGAAGCAGAGAACAGUAACUUACAGAAGCAAAAAUUAAUUCAAGAAAAAUUAGAAAUUGAAAGAUGUUACCAGAUAACAUGUAAUGAAUUACAAGAAGUAAAGGCAAGGCGCAACAUACUGCAUAAAGAAAAAGAUCAUCUUAUAAACGAUUAUGAACAAAACAUGAAACUAUUACAAACCAAACAUGAUGCUGAUAUAAGCCUUCUGAAAAAGGAACAUGCUCUUUCAGCUUCUAAGGCAUCUGGUAUGAUUAAAGAACUAGAAGAGAACAUCUGUCAAUUAAAACAGCAGCUCCAGGAAUCAGAACUUCAAAGAAAGCAGCAACUAAGGGAUCAAGAAAAUAAAUUUCAAAUGGAGAAAAGUCAUUUAAAACACACCUAUGAAAAAAAGAUUCAUGACCUGCAGAGUGAACGUGAUAAAGAGAAAGAAGAUGCUCAAAAGAAAAUCCAUAAAUAUGAGGAGGCACUGAAGAGCCCUGAUUUGAGGUCGGCAUUCGCUGUAAACGCUAACUCCUUAAAGCUCAUUUGUCUAUUGUCACUGUUUUUCAGAAAUAAAACUAGUUUGAUAUCAUUGUACUACUUAGAGUUUUUAUUCUACACAUAUCUCAAGUGUUUUUGCUUCCUACUUUAUUUUUAUCCUAACUGGGUAGAAGACAGCUGGAUUUCUAGACUGGCCACAGGGUCCAUUCACCUCCCAGGUGACACUGGAAGAGACCAAGUGGAAGUGGAGUGGGAGAUUGUUGGGGGCCUGGAGACCCUGUGCCUGAAGCUGCCUGCCACGGUGACUGCUACCCUGCAGCGCAACGAAACCCACUAUGCCACUAUGCCCAAUCUCAUGAAAGCCAAGAAGAUUGAGGGCAUCAAACCAGGAGACCUGAGUGUGGACCUGACCUCCAAGCUCUCCAUGAUUAGUGUGGAGGGCCCACCCCUGCAUACAGCUGGCAUCAAGGUGGAGACUACAGAUGCCCUGGUGGUCAAGCUGAAGGAGACUGGGGACUGGAUAGUGGAGCUGAAGCUGGAGCAUGAACAGGAGAAGACGCACCUAUCACAGCAGCAUAGCGCAGAGAAGGAUAGCCUAGUCCGAGACCAUGAACGGGAAAUUGAAAACCUGGAAAAACAGCUUCGCGCUGCCAAUAUGGAGCACGAAAAUCAAAUUCAAGAGUUCAAGAAACGAGAUUCACAGGUUAUUGCUGACAUGGAGGCCCAAGUGCACAAGCUGAGAGAAGAGCUGAUUCACGUGAAUUCUCAGCGGAAGCAGCAGCUGAUAGAGCUCGGUCUUCUUCGCGAAGAGGAGAAGCAGAGGGCUGCAAGGGACCACGAGACUGCUGUCUACAAACUGAAGGCUGAGUCAGAAAAGAUGAAGAUGGAGCUGAAAAAGACUCAUGCUGCGGAGACCGAGGUGACGCUGGAAAAGGCCAACAGCAGGCUGAAGCAGAUUGAGAAGGAAUACACUCAGAAGCUUGCCAAAUCUUCACAGAUCAUAGGAGAACUUCAGACAACCAUUUCCUCUCUGAAAGAGGAGAACAGCCGGCAGCAGCUUGAUGCGGAACGGCGGCUCCAGGAUGUUAUACAGAAGUUUGAAGAUGAGAAGAAGCAGCUGAUUAGAGAUAAUGACCGAGCAAUCAAGGCUUUACAAGAUGAGCUAGAAAACCGCGCCAGCCAGGUGCGAUGUGCAGAGAAGAAACUGCAGCACAAGGAACUAGAAUCCCAGGAACAGAUAACCUAUAUACGACAAGAAUAUGAAACCAAAUUCAAAGGGUUGAUGCCAGCGUCUCUAAGACAAGAACUGGAAGACACCAUUUCCUCCCUGAAGUCUCAGGUUAACUUUCUGCAGAAGAGAGCAUCCGUCCUUCAAGAAGAGCUGACGACAUACCAAGGCAGAAGGUAACCGCAGGAAGGCUUACCUGUGUAGCUCAGGGCGAGGGCAGUGGACGUCACUGUCCAGGCCACACUGUGGAUUUCUUCCAGCAGGUUUGAAGACUUGGAUACUGUAAACUGUGAGAUCAAUGGCAUUUUUUAAUACUUAAAUGUAAUUAAGAUCAUAAACACAUGCAUCACUCAUAUGCUUUGGGGUGGUUUUAUUUGUGUCUGCCUAAGUUAUUAUUUUUUUAACAUUCCUUUAUUUCACAUUUCCAUAUUCGCGUGCGUUUGAGCGUGUGCUGAGAAUUGCGUAUAUUGGGGAAAGAAAUGAUUUCUCGUAAUAUGCCUUGUUGAUGCUUUUGUAUAGAAUUUUACCGGUUCCAUAUGAUCAAAAUCACGUUUGUAGUAUCGUAUCACAGUUUUUAACAUGCUUAUGUCGUUCUCAUGUUCAUGUUCAUAUAUUAUUAAAACAUUAUAUUUUGUACUUAUCAAUUUUAUUUCUACUUUUUAUUUCACCUCAUUUGCCAAAAUAAACAUGACCCGUACCUGGUAUUUUUCCCUAAAAAGUCCUGACUAUCUCAAACUGUACUUUGGGGGAAAAUACCUUGUGUCCCGUCGGAGAUCACAUCCAUUCAUUUAUUUAGAAUAAAAAUCGCCGGGUCCUCGGAUAGCAGUUUAA